AUGUUUCUGGAAGGAGAGCGGAUUAUGAGCGGCUUCGGGCAGCAGCCAUCACCGCAGCAGCUCAGUCCGGUGGCCAACCCGAGUGCUCAGGACGUGCUGGACAUGGCUGCCUACUGCGACAACCUGAGCGCCUACCAUCAUCACCAACAUCACCAACCGCAGCAGAGCUCGCACCACCCGUCAGCCAGACAUGCCACGUCAUACGGCCUGGCUGACUACCCUGCGCCCGGUGCCAACCCAUAUCUCUGGUUAAACGGCCCGAGCUUUGGCAAUUCCACUUCAGCGUAUAUUUCUGGAGGCGCAAGCGGUGCCACCUCUUACAUGCAGACGGGCUACGGUGCCAGCCAGCGGCAGUUUCUGACUCCUCCAGCCGGUUUCCCUGGGACUGACCUGAGCUGGCUGACCGUCCCAAGCCAGCAGGACCUCUUCAAGAUGGUGCGACCUCCAUACUCAUAUUCUGCUCUGAUUGCAAUGGCUAUUCAGAAUGCCCAGGACAAGAAGCUCACACUUAGCCAGAUCUACCAGUACGUUGCUGAAAACUUCCCGUUUUACAAGAAGAGCAAAGCAGGCUGGCAGAACUCCAUUAGACAUAAUCUGUCGCUCAAUGAUUGCUUCAGAAAAGUUGCCCGAGAUGAAGAUGACCCUGGUAAAGGAAAUUACUGGACAUUAGACCCAAACUGUGAGAAAAUGUUCGACAAUGGUAACUUCAGGAGGAAGAGGAAAAGACGGGCGGAUGCUGUAAAGGCGGAUGAUGCCAGUCCGCUCAAGCUGGCUGACACGGCAAGCAUGCUGGGUGUCAAUCAGCGUUCCCCUAGCCCACCUGAGUCCAAAUCCAUUACCCCUCCCUCGGCAGAACACAGUCCUUGUUUCAGCUCGUUUGUCAGCACCAUGAACUCAGUGAUGGUCGGUAACUUGGAUGUGGGUGUGCGGUCGCGGGACACCGGCGGCGCCCUGAUGGCGGAAUUAACGCGUGGACGGGAUGGUGCACCAGCUCUGAGUUCAUAUUACUCACCUGGAGAGACCUCGCCCCCAGCUGACCACAUGAGCCACAGACUGAGCUAUUACACCACCGGUUUCGGCAGCUCCAUCUCCAACCACUUCAGUGUAAACAAUUUAAUCUACAGCCGGGAAGGAACUGAGGUUUAG